CCUUUACUUGAAUAACAGCAGUUUCCUUCUGCAAUGGGCGACGGAUUUAUCAUAGCAAUAGACUUUGGGACAGCAUUUAGCGGAUAUGCCUUUAAUAUCAGUCCCAGAGGGAAAGAAAGUGAACCUCACUUGAAAAGAUGGGGGAGAGAGUAUGGAUUAGACACCCCAAAGACUCCAACCUGCAUUUUAUUUAAUGAAGAUAAAGAAUUUCUUAGUUUUGGUUAUGAAGCCCAAAUGAAAUACAUGCACAUGAGGGGAGAAGAAGCAAAGAAACAUUAUUUGUUUGAAGACUUUAAGAUGGCUCUCUACAACAAAAAACUCAACAAUGAUCUGAAGAUUAAAGAUGCCAGCGGGAAACCUAUGAAGGCACUAAACGUUUUCAAAGAGUCCCUGAGAUUCCUAAAGCAGGACGCUCUAAAAACCAUCAAUUCCAACACUAGGGGGAUGAAGUUCAUUCCCUCUUUCUUCACCUGGGUUCUCACGGUUCCUGCCAUCUGGGAUCCUUCAGCUAAACAGUUCAUGAGAGAAGCUGCAAAACAGGCAGGUAUUGUAACAGAAGGACGGGAGAAUAAUCUGCUUAUUGCUCUGGAGCCAGAAGCUGCUUCUAUCUGGUGUAUGAAGCUUCCACCAGAAGGUUUCAUCUCUGAGAUCCACAGCAAAGAUACACUGGAUGAGUCUCCAGGGACUCGGUACAUUGUUGUUGACUGUGGAGGAGGAACUAUUGACAUGACAGUUCAUGAAGUCCAGGAUGGAGGAACCCUGAAGGAGCUGCACAAGGUCUCUGGAAACAACCUAGGAGGACAAACUGUGGACAGAAAAUUUAAACAUUUUCUAAGAGAAAUAUUCCCUGAUGGAGUCUGGGAUGAAUUUCAACAAAACUCUCCCAGUUUGGCUCAGAGAAUCAUGUAUGAUUUCACUCGUCUCAAACAAACAGAUAGAGAUAUUCAGAUCAGCCCCCCAUUCAAACUGGUAUCUUUGGCUAAAAAAAUGUCAGGAAGAGAAAAUUUCAUCAAGUCAGACCUCGGUGCUUCCUGGGAUGAUGAUUACAUCACAAUCUCUCGAGAUAGACUGAGGUCUUUCUUUGAUGAAAGUCUGACAGGCAUCACCCAGAUCCUGAGAGAAAUCUUUAACUCUGUUCUCAACAUUAAUUACAUUCUGUUGGUGGGGGGGUUUGCUCAGAGUAAAAUACUGCAGCAGCACAUUAUUGAUCAGUUUGAACAUCAUUGUGAAUUUCUGUGUCCUUUCAGAGCCCAGGAAGCGAUUGUGAAGGGAGCUGUAGAGUAUGGUAGAAACCCACAGGUUUUUAUUUCUCGUAAAAGUUCCUAUACUUAUGGAUUUGCUGUUUGUGAGAAGUUUGAUAAGAGGAAACACAAGGAAGAGAAGAAAUUUACAGCAGGAGGCGUGGAAUACUGUAGAGAUAUUUUUAAGAAAUUAGUGGAAGAAGGUGAGGAUGUUGGAUCAGAGGAAACCAGAGAGUUCAUUUGUUCUCCAGCUAAAGCAGAUCAGGUCAACAUGACAAUGAGGUUCUACUGCUCAUUUAGAAAAGAUCCAGUGCAUGUAGAUGGAUGGGGAGUGGAUGAGGUUGGUUCAUUCUGUGUAGACAUCUCUAGAGGGGGUAAAGUCAGGCUAGAAAUAAAGUUUGGCUCAACAGAGAUAACAGCCACAGGAACCAACAUGAGAAGUGGAGAGAAGCAAGCAGUCACAAUAGACUUCAUGACCACAGACAGCGAAUGUGUCAUUGAUGAGGCAGAUGAUGAGAUCAGUAAUGGAUUCAGUGAAGCAUCAGCAGAAUAUAUCAUGGAUGGAACUGAUGAAACAACUUGAAUUUUGCAUUUCCAUUAAUUUCAAAUGUGACUAAAAAGCUCUAUCUAGAUAGAUAGAUAGAUAGAUAGAUAGAUAGAUAGAUAGAUAGAUAGAUAGAUAGAUAGAUAGAUAGAUAGAUAGAUAGAUAGAUAGAUAGAUAGAUAGAUAGAUAGAUAGCACAACCCCCAUCCUCAUGGAGCUGGUUUCAAAGACAGAGGUAGUGGUCCUUACGCUGGGUUGUUGUUCCCCUAUGUCUUCCAUGUCUCCUGGUGGUACCUCCAAUCUAUGGACACUACGCUGACAGACACAGCAAACCUUCUUGCCACACUCCUAGCAUUGAUCUGCCCUCCUGGAUGAGCUGCACUACCUGAGCCGUUUGUGUGGGUUGUAGAGUCUGUCUCAUGCAACCACAAUUACAAAAGCAUCACCAACAUUCAAAGUGACCAAAUCAUCAGCAAGAAAGUUGUCUAUUCCAUUUGCACAACAGCAUCAGAAACUGAUUGUCAAUGUUGCUUUCUAAGUGGACAGUUUGAUUUCAGAGAAGUUAGUUCAUUGAAGUAAUAUUGUAUUGUUUACGUGGAGUCUUUUUUGUUGUGUACAUGAUGUGUAAUUGUAAUCUAGAGAUUUAAUAAAAAGGAAAAUGUAACAAACAGAACACAAAAAA